AUGCCCGCCGCCGAGCCCGAGCACAGCCCCGCCGAGCCGCAGGCGCCUGCCGCCGCCGAGCCGCUGCGCCGCGGCCGCCGCAGGAAGGCCAAGGACGAGGGCGCGGAGAGGAAGGUGAAGCGGCGCGGUAAGGCCGAGGGCGAGCAGGCGCAGCCCGAGGAGAGCGGGCUGGGGGAUGGCGACCUCGAGCCGCCCCUGUCCAAGAAGACGAAGAAAAUCAAGGAGAACAGCAGCGGUUUGGUGGGAGAGAGCGACGUCGCACAGCACGCCCUGGAAUCUUCCUCCACUGCGAGCGACAGCGGGACAGCCCCGGCUGCCCAAGGCGGGGCCGGCGGAGAGCAGGACAGCGACGCCGAGGAGCUGACAGAAGAAGCAAAGGAAGGCGCCUUCUCUAAUUUUCCUCUCUCCCAAAACACUGUCAACCUUCUCACAGCUCGAGGUGUAAAAUACCUGUUCCCUGUGCAAGCGAAGACUUUCCAGUCCAUAUAUGAUGGCAAAGACCUCAUUGCUCAAGCUCGAACGGGAACCGGGAAAACCCUUUCCUUUGCUCUUCCACUGAUUGAAAAACUCCAGAGUGUCUCACAGGAUGGGAGAAGAGGCCGUGCACCCAAAGUGCUGGUUCUUGUUCCAACCAGGGAACUGGCUACUCAGGUAGCCAAAGACUUCAAGAAUCUCACAAGGAAACUGUCAGUUGCUUGUUUUUAUGGAGGAACUCCAUAUAAAGAACAGCUUGAUCUCCUUAGAAGUGGCAUUGAUAUUCUGGUGGGAACUCCUGGGCGGAUCAAAGACCACGUCCAGAAUAGCAAGCUGGAACUUUCUAGCGUGAAGCAUGUUGUUUUGGAUGAAGUAGAUCACAUGUUAGACAUGGGCUUUGCUGAACAAGUGGAAGAAAUCUUAGGAUUUGCUUAUAAAAAAGGCUCUGAGAACAACCCUCAGACACUGCUGUUUUCUGCGACUUGUCCGCGGUGGGUUUAUGAUGUAGCAAAAAAGUACAUGAAAGAUGAGUAUGAACAGAUUGACCUGAUUGGAAAGAAGACCCAAAGGACAGCCACAACUGUGGAGCACUUGGCAAUCCAGUGCCGCUCCUCUCAGAGAGCAGGAGUUCUUGGGGACAUCAUCCAGGUCUACAGUGGCAGCCGUGGGCGGACCAUUGUCUUCUGUGAGACCAAGAAGGAGGCAAAUGAGCUGGCCAUGAAUGCCUCACUCAAACAGGAUGCCCAGUCCUUGCAUGGAGACAUUCCACAGCAACAGAGAGAAGUUACAUUAAAAGGCUUCAGAACUGGUGUGUUUGAAGUUCUGAUUGCAACAAAUGUAGCUGCCCGUGGUUUGGAUAUUCCUGAGGUUGACCUUGUUAUACAGUGCUCACCACCAAAAGAUGUUGAUUCCUACAUCCACCGUUCCGGGCGGACGGGCCGCGCUGGCCGGACCGGGAUCUGCAUUUGUUUGUUUCAGAGAAGAGAAGAAGAUCUUCUGAAACAAGUCGAGCACAAAGCGGGGAUUACAUUUAAGCGUGUGGGCGUUCCCUCUGCUACAGAUGUAAUUAAAGCUUCAACUAAUGAUGCCAAAAAGUUGCUGGAGGCCAUUCCUGCUUCUGCAGUCGACUACUUCAGAAAAUCUGCUGAAGAACUCAUAGAGGAGAAGGGAGCAGUGGCUGCCCUGGCUGCAGCCCUGGCCCAUAUUUCAGGGGCAGCUUACAUCCAGCAGCGCUCCUUGCUCAACUCCACGCCUGGCUUUGUGACCAUGGUGUUGAAGUGUUCCAUAGAGAUGCACACCAUGGGCUAUGCCUGGCGGGGGCUCAAAGAACAGCUUGGGGAGGAAGUGGAUGACAAAGUGUCUGCAAUGCGUUUCCUCAAGGGGAAGAUGGGAGUCUGCUUUGAUAUCCCUGUUGAUGAACUGAGUAACAUACAGGAACAGUGGAAGGACACCAGGCGCUGGCAGCUGUCGGUGGCAAAGGAGUUGCCUGAACUGGAAGAGUAUCCCCAGGAGGCAGGACGAGGGUUCUCAAAGUUUGGAAAUGGAAGGCAAGGCAACUUCAAGAGGAACAGCUGGUUCAAGAGUGGGAACCGAGGACUUUAACAGAACACUCGAUUAACCUCCAGUACAGACAUGGGACUGAGCUGAAUUUUAUCAAACAGUAAAAGCCUGUUAGACGCUC